CCAUAAAAAUUAAAAAGAGAGAAAUGUUGUACACGCAACAUAAGCAUUGAAAAUUGGGAGGUAGAAAACGGAAGUUGGUGUUUGCGGUUUCUCCAAUGGCGUUCUCUGCAACUACCACGCCCUCUCCCCAAUUUAUUCGCCUUCUCUCUGUUCCUCAAAGUCAUACUCAAUCUCAAACUUCACUCUCUUUCCGAUUUCCACAGUCAAAUCUGAAUCGAACAAGGCCGCUUUCAAUUCGAUCAGUUUCAGCCCCAGUUUCUGCUGCACCUGCAUCUGGGGCUGUGGCACCUGCAAUAUCACUUACGGAUAAUGCACUGAAGCACUUGAAUAAGAUGAGGUCUGAGCGAAAUGAGGAUUUAUGUUUAAGAAUAGGUGUCAAACAGGGUGGGUGUUCCGGUAUGUCGUACACUAUGGAUUUUGAGGACAAGGCUAAUACAAGGCCAGAUGACUCCAUCAUUGAGUACAAUGGUUUUGUAAUUGUUUGCGAUCCUAAGAGCCUACUCUUCAUAUUUGGCAUGCAGUUGGAUUAUAGUGAUGCCUUGAUUGGGGGAGGUUUCUCUUUCAAGAAUCCUAAUGCGACACAAACUUGUGGAUGUGGCAAAUCCUUUGCUGCGGAAAUGUAAAACCAUGUUUAUAGACAAAAGUUACAAUAUCUGAUGUUUCUUCGAAGGACACUUUAGACUAUGUAUACUUCUUUAACGUUGAACCACUUGAACUAGCCCAAUGUAAUUUGUUUAGGCUAUUCAUAAUCGCAGACACACAUAAUACAAAAGUACAAAUAGGUGAAAUUUCGCCCCAUGUAUUAGGCUCGUGUUGCCUCUACAGGAAUGUGACGUCUCAAUCUACUAUUUCCCAUAUA